AAUUUUUUGGCCCGCAAGGUACUGGGCCUGUGGACACCGCCAUGUUUGUUGUCUGAACCAAAAUGUCUCUGGAUGGAUCACUUUUUAGCCAAAAUGACGCGCUAACUGUCUAAAUCAUCACCCACCGAGUCUCAAGAUGCCUCCGACUGUACAGGAAAAUAAACAAAAGCGAGAUCAAGACCACCAACAUGCUGCUAGAACCACAAGGUCGGAUUUCGUCACAAGAAUAAAGUACAAUAACAACUUGCCUGACAUACCAUUUGAUGCUAAGUUUAUUUCCUACCCAUUUGAAGGGAAUAGAUUUGUACAGUAUAAGCCCACAUCACUUGAGAAGAACUACAAGCAUGAGUUGCUCACUGAUAUUGACCUUGGAGUCAAUAUUGACCUUAUUGAUCCUCAGAUGUAUGCCGUGGAUCCGAAUGCCACUUUGGACCCAGCUGAUGAGAAACUGCUUGAAGAAGAUGCCGUUGUUAUGCCAGACAAGAAACGAACAAGACAUCACAACAAGAAUGUAUCAUGGCUGAGAAAGACAGAGUACAUCAGCACAGAGUACAACCGUGCACAGACAAGCAAUGAAAUGGCAGAAACUAAAGUGGGUUUCAGCAUCAAGAAGAAGAUUAAAGGAACAGACCUAUAUAAGGAUAGAGACAGUCAACUUGCUGCCAUCGAGAACACAUUUGAAGCUGCCAAGAAACCUAUUCAUCAUCAUCCCAGUAAGCCAAACCUUACACCGGUUGAGGUCCUUCCUGUAUUUCCAGAUUUUCAAAUGUGGGGAUACCCAUGUGCCCAUGUGGUGUUUGAUACUGACCCUGCCCCUCGUGAUCGCAAGGGCCCUGCUCAGGUUGAUGAGAUGUCCCAGGCAAUGAUCCGAGGUAUGGUAGAUGCUAGUGGUGACCAGUUUGUUGCCUACUUUCUACCGGACAAAGAGACGUUAAAUAAACGCAAGAGAGACCAUGAGGAGAUGGCAGACUAUCAGGAUGAAGAGGAGUAUGUGUACAAAAUGGCUAGAGAGUACAACUGGAAUGUCAAAAACAAGUCUACCAAGGGAUAUGAGGAGAACUAUUUCUUUGUUUUCCGUGAUGGUGAGGGAGUGUUCUACAAUGAGUUGGUCACCAGGGUACGACUGAGUAAACGUCGAGCCCGUGGGGGUGUGGGCGGAGUACGCUCUGCUGUCUCUAAGCUGGUUGUCAAGCAUCGGGAACUGAAUGAUGGAGAGAAAAAUGCCCAGCAAGUGCGAAUGAGCCAGUUGGAGCCAGCAACCCUUGAAGAGGAGGAAGAAGAGGAGGAGGAUGAAGAAGGAGAUGAGAAUACAGGAGGGGACGAGUCAUCAGAAGCCAUGCAGGAAGGGGGUAAUGAUGAAGAUGCAGAAGAAAGCAAAGCCCAAGAUGAGGAAGACAGCACAGAUGAGAAAGAUGAGGGAGGAGAGAAAGAAGAAAGUAGUGAUGAAGAAGGUUCUACUCCUGCAGAGUCCAAUAGUGAUGAUGAUGAUGAUGAUGAAGAUGAUUCCGUCUCUAGGCUUGUUUUCGUGGCAAAAAAAAACAAGAACUUCCCGGAGAAAGCUAGUGCAAGGAACUGUUUCGUGGUGAGUGGAGCAUUUGCUGCGGACCACAAGACUGACAUUCGAAACCUUGCUCUUUUGCCAUCCAAUAUGGCUUCCUACAUAGGCCGAACUAUCUUCCGAACAUUCCUUUUUAAUCGUUUGCCACGGAUUAUUGCUUUGCAAAGGGUUUUAUUACUUCUAUUUUAUAUUUGUCUCACACUUCGUGUGACUUCUUCUCAAAGACUUCCCCUAGGAGGUGGUGAAUGUACGUACACAAUACAAGACGCGUCUGGUGAAAUCACCAGUCCUGGCUUCCCCGAACCAUACCCAAACUCGGCUCAGUGUAGCUGGACCAUAAUAAUGCCACAUUAUGAGAAAAUUUUACUGACAUUUCUCACAUUCAAAGUCAGGAAAGGAAGUUCUAGUACAUUAUGUGACAGAGAUUAUGUCGAAGUGUUGGACGGUGUUGAAGGUAACAAGAUCCUUGGGAAGUUUUGUAACAGUGCCAAGCGCUACCCCUCUGGUACUAUAGUCUCAAAUGGUAACGCCAUUAGAGUGGUGUUUCACUCCGAUCCUGCAAGUUUACAAGGGUUUCCAGGGUCUUUCUUGGCAGUGUUUAGGAAGCAGCCAUGUGGAGAUUUUUUGACUGGGAUCAAAGGAGAAAUCCGCAGCCCAAACUACCCUAACCCCUAUCCCGCAGGUAAAGAGUGUAUCUGGAGAAUACAAGUGCCAGAUAAUAUGGUUGUGAAGCUGUAUUUCCUGGUCUUUGCCCUGGAGCCCACCUCAGAGUGUAAUCUGGAUUUUAUCAAAAUGCGGGAUGGUUUUAAUGGUACAUCAAGACCAAUGGGACAUUUUUGUGCUGACCGAAAGCCUAAAAGUGAAGUGCAAUCAACAGGAAAUAAACUUUUGGUUGAAUUCAAGUCAUUCAAGCCAACAAUUUCCACUGGUUUUCUAGCAUUUUACGAGGCUGUUCCACAUUGUGGUGGAAUUUUACGAGGAAGUAUGGGGAGUUUCUCCUCCCCUGAUCUGUCAUACUUGAAAGGCGAGGCUCAGGAAUGCACAUGGAAGAUCCAAGCUGAGAAUGGAGAGAUAGUGUCUGUCAUUUUUAAUGAAUUUGAUGUGGGAACUUUAGAGGAUUCUAAUUGUGAGGAGAACUAUGUGGAGUUUUAUGAUGGCAUUGAUGAGAAUUCCAAAGUCAUAACACGGUAUUGCAAUAGCAAGAAAGUGAUUCGUGAUGUCCGUUCUACUGGAAAGUUUAUGUUUGUGAAGUUGCAUUGGAAAGCUACAAAUGAUGGGUUCCUUGCCACCUACACUACAGUAGAUCCAAGUAAUCAUUUGGACAAAUGCUCAGAGUCGGCAAAUGAACUCUUGUUUAAAUGUGAUAAUGACAAUUACAUCCAAUGUCAAUGGAAGUGUGAUGGUACAGAUGAUUGCGGUGAUCACUCUGAUGAGGAUAACUGUGUGGGCCAUGUGAUUGCACCCAAAACCAGUAAACUUCGUAAUUAUGUGAUCAUCUUAAUCUCCAUUACUGCUUCAGCUGUUGCUAUUGUUGUAGUUGCAUUUAUUGUGGACAGACUUCGGAAAAAGAGAAGAGCACGUGCAAGGGUGAGGCGAAGACGGAGAAGGCGUAGGAUGGAGAAUAUUGACAGGGUCCUUCUUGGUAACAAUGGGUCUCCUGCAUCUCCUCCCCCUCCGUAUCAGGUGUCUGGGUCAGCAUGCAGUACAGAGAGCCCCCCUCUACAUCCUCCUCCGUACUCCCACCAUGAGGCUUCUGAGAGCCCCCCAGAGGCCUUAACAACCCUACAAGAACUAGCUGCCGGGCAGUUACAGAAUGCAAUUGAACCAAUGGGUGCCGAUGCCAAUAGGCUAGAUGACAUGGGAGCAACAGAUGUCAUAGUUAUUUCUGAUAGUGUUGGUGAAGCUGCUGUAACAGUCGAUGAUGAUGCAGAUACCGUUAGUCUGACACCAUCAACAAGUGACACUACCCCUCUGAUAACAUAACAUUUUAAAGUGAUGAUAAUCAAAUAAUGUUUUUGCAAUAUUUUUAUUGCUUUUUUACAUAUGCAUUAGGUAAGGAUAUCUUUGGCAUACCCAUGUAUUACAAUGUUGUUAAAAAUAUAGCAGUUCCACAAACUCCAGUUUACAGACAUAGCAAACUUUUUUUUGGCUAACUACAGAAAAAAGCUUUUAAAUUUAAAUUACAAUUUAAAGCAACAUUAGUAAACAUGUUUUUGCCAUGUAGUAAACAAUGUUCUUCUUUUUUAAUAACUCAUCUUCAUAUAUUUGUACAGUUGUGUUUUGACCAUAUCACCAGUUUUACCAUCUUCAAGUUAAAAGUAAGUCUUAAAUUAGGUGUGUAGCUACUGUAGGGUAGUUAUAGAGGGAUGCAUCGCCCACAGACAUUACCAGAGUGUAGCAUUCUCUUUAACAAAAUGUUUGAAAAACACUCACGAUGGGGCUAUGCUGUCCUAUUUAUUUAAAUAAUGUAUAUCCUUACAAAAGGAUAUACUGUUAUAUCUGAGAGAUUAAGUCAACUAUAUAUAUCUUUUCAUAAUAAUUUUAGAAGGGCUUACGGAUAACACUAUUUUUAAUACAAUCUUUUAAAAGCUGAAAUCAAUGCUAUCACAUAAAAUAUGUACAGUUGUUAAGUGAAAUAAAGGUUUUAUUUUAAACAUGA